AUGAAUUAUUACAAAGCAAAGUUUUCUGAAUAUGGCUUUGAUGACAACGUGAAUCAUUUGGGCAGGAGAACCAUCUUAAAGCCAGACACCUCUUACACGGUCCAGCACGUUGUCGAUUCAACAAAGAAAUAUUUCAAAGGUCUCGAUGGUUCUGUCGAUUAUGACAACAACGAUGAAGCUUUGUUGGGUUUAGAUGGUAAAGCACAAAAGGCGUAUCACAAUACUCACCAUCUUUGUCGAGAAUGUUUGGCUGCACACCUCGGUGACAGAUCUGUUGUUAAUGGCGUCAAUUGGUCGAAACUUACUAAACAUGAACGAAAAGAGAUUAUGUAUAUAAUUGAGAGCAUUGUCUACUAUUGGAACAAACGCUCUGGUGAUUCAGGGAUUCCACCCGAGGAUGAUGCUGCCAGUCGUAUCUUUGAUCUUGAUGUUAAUACGCCAAUGGUUCCAUUGCGUCUUGCAGACGCAAACUGGAUCGCUUGUGAGAUGCGCAAAAUUAAUCACAAUCUUUUUGACAAUGUUCGUGAGCCCCUUUCCGGAUCGAUGUUGGGUGGUAUGGCUAACCUCCGUGUUAAUUCAAGUAAUGCCUCUGGUCCCUCUCUUUCAUCUUUUACGCGUACCAUGUCCACGGAUGACAAUGCUUUCGAGGAUAUUCCGAUGGAAGCUUACUCGAUCACAGACGAUGAAAUUGUUCCAACUUUCUCUGUUCCCUCUAAGCCACCUACCUCAUCUAAGCCACCUACCUCAUCUAAGCCACCUACCUCAUCUAUGCCACCUACUCCAUCUAUGCCAUCUAUGCCACCUACUCCAUCUAUGCCAUCUAUGCCACCUAUACCAACUAUGCCAACCUUCACAUCAGUACCCUCUCCCACUUCUGAAUUUUUCGCAUCUACCUCUCCCCCGACAUAUUCCUCGCUUCCAGUCAUACCUCGCCCUUCACCUUCUUUACCAUAUCCUUCAGUUUCAUUACCCCCCUCUGGCCCCAUGGCUUCAUCUACUCCUUCUGGCUCGUCUGCUGUCUCUACUUCUGUACAUGUCUCUACUUCUGUACCUGCCUCUACUUCUGUGCCUGUCUCUACUUCUGUGCCUGUCUCUUUGGAUGUUGGUAACAAAAACAGCAAGAAUAACAAAAGAAAAGCCAAUGAAGCAAAACCAAGGCCAGAUAAGCGCCUUCCAAGAACGUUUCGUAGUUUAGGUGGGGAAUUAUUUUCUCUCUGA